GUGACAGUGAGGGGGAAGGCUUCUCCGCAAUACAUCUUCAUACGCGGAAGGAAGAAAACACAGCCAGCAGGCCAGCAAGCGGCACUUUUCACCAGGCAGAAGCUGCAAGGGCACAGAAAAUGAAAUCCUACCAGAAGCUGACCACAGACGCCCUACAGAUCCCAGACGCCGGAGACGAGGCUGCGGACGGGAGACCCUUGUGCCACCAAAAGCUGUCCGCUUGGUGGCUGGGCGGGGGUCUCCUGAUGGUGGCCGCUCUUCUCAGCGGAGUGACCGUUUGGGUCCUUGGGCAGAUCUGGUGGAGCCAGCAUGGGACGCCCCCCCUGGCCAAGUGCGUCUCCGUCCCGGAAGAGCGCCGUUUCGACUGCUACCCGGAGAGGGACGCGGUAGUGACGCGAGAACUUUGCGAGGGCCGGGGAUGCUGCUUCAUUGAGAGUGACCAAUCCUUGGGGGUGCCUUGGUGCUUCUACCCCCCAGACUUCCCCAGCUACACCUUGGGCAGCAUGAACCAGACAGAACUGGGGUUGGUCGGCUUUCUGACCAGGGAAGGCAAGACCUACUACCCGAAAGACAUUGAGAAGCUGCGGCUCAGCGUGGAUUUUGAAACGGAUACCCGAUUACACGUCAAGAUCACCGACGCCACAAUUCCUCGGUAUGAAGUUCCCCUGGAAGUGCCUCCGGUGACAAAGAGAGCGGAGCAUCCCUUAUACGCUGUGGAGUUCUCCAAGGAGCCCUUUGGGUUGAUAGUGAAGCGGAAAUCUUCAGGGACGGUGCUGCUGAACACGACCGUGGCUCCUUUGUUCUUUGCAGAUCAGUUUCUCCAGGUUUCUACCCUCCUUCCAUCUUCAUACCUUUAUGGUCUGGGAGAGCAUCGAACCAACUUUCUACAUAGCCUGCAGUGGAAUACCUUGACUUUCUGGGCCAGAGAUGUUCCUCCCACGGAGACCUUCAAUCUCUAUGGCGUUCAUCCGUUUUAUCUUGUGAUGGAGAAGGGGGGAGCUGCCCAUGGGGUUUUCCUCUUGAACAGCAACGCAAUGGAGGUGGCCCUUCAGCCAGCACCUGCUCUCACCUGGAGGACCAUUGGAGGAGUCCUGGAUUUCUACAUCUUUCUAGGACCAGACCCCAACUUGGUGGUCCAGCAAUAUCAGCAGGUGAUUGGCUUCCCAGCCAUGCCUCCUUAUUGGGGUCUGGGCUUUCACCUCUGCCGCUGGGGCUACGAGACCAGCAACGCAACCUGGGAGACCGUAAAAGCCAUGAGGAAUUUUCAAAUCCCCCAGGAUGCCCAGUGGAAUGACAUUGACUACAUGGAUGGCUACCGGGACUUCACCAUAGACUCCCAGAAGUUUGGUGCCCUCCCGCAGCUGGUGGAAGACCUUCACAAACAUGGGCAAUAUUAUGUGAUGAUUCUGGACCCCGGGAUCAGUAGCACUCAGCCUCCAGGCUCUUACUGGCCUUAUGACGAAGGUUUGAAGCGUGGCAUAUUCAUCAACAACACCCGAGGGGAACCUCUGAUAGGGAAGGUCUGGCCUGGUCUCACCGCUUACCCUGAUUUCUCUAACCCAAACACCCAUCAGUGGUGGCUGGAGAAUCUGGAUCGUUUCCACUCCCUUGUUCCUUUUGAUGGCAUUUGGAUCGACAUGAAUGAACCGUCUGAUUUCAUGGAUGGUUCAUCGGAAGGCUGUUCUCAAGGAGAACUGGAUAACCCGCCGUAUGUGCCUGCUGUAUUGGGAGGCUUCCUUUCUGCCAAGACUAUCUGCACCUCAGCCAGGCAAAGCAUGUCUAUGCACUACAACCUCCACAACCUGUAUGGGCUGAUGGAAGCCAAAGCCACGGCUAGCGCUCUGAUCAAAAUCCGAGGGAAGCGGCCCUUCAUCAUCUCCCGCUCAACUUUUCCAAGCCAGGGCAAAUAUUCAGGACAUUGGCUAGGUGACAACAGGAGCAAUUGGAAGGAUAUGGUCUGGUCCAUCCCUGGGAUGCUGAGCUUCAGUCUCUUUGGGAUCCCUUUGGUUGGGGCAGACAUCUGUGGCUUCUCAGGCUCUACAUCUGAGGAGCUAUGCACUCGCUGGACGCAGCUGGGGGCCUUCUACCCCUUUUCCCGAAACCACAACACCCAAAAUGAGAAGGCUCAGGAUCCCCCAGCGUUUAGCCCUGUGGCACGGACCGCCAUGAAGGCAGCCUUGGAAGUCCGCUACAGCCUUCUGCCAUAUCUCUAUUCCCUUUUUCAUCGGGCCCAUUUGCAAGGGGACACUGUCGCUCGGCCUCUGUUUUUUGAGUUCCCAAACGAUGUGACCACCUACUCCAUAGACAAACAGUUUCUCUGGGGGCGAGGCCUGCUGGUGACGCCGGUGCUGGACCCUGGUGUGGACUGGGUGGUCGGCUACUUCCCCAAAGGCGUGUGGUACGACUACUACACGGGCUCUUUGGUAAACAGCAGUGGGGAGAACCUGAAGAUGGCGGCCCCUCUGGACCACAUCAAUGUACAUGUGCGCGAAGGGACUAUUCUCCCAACCCAGAAACCAGGGUGCUGCACUUUAGUGAGCCGUGGGAAUCCCCUGCGCCUGAUUGCUGCCUUGUCACAGAACGCCAAUGCCUGGGGAGAUCUUUACUGGGAUGAUGGCGAAAGCUUGGAUGCUUUCGCAAAGGGCGACUAUUCAUACUUGGUGUUCAACGUCACACAGAACACCUUCACUUCCACUGUGCUGCAUUCCAAUGUAGAAGCCACCUACAUCACUGUGGACACACUGACUGUCUAUGGAGUCAGAGAAGAGCCAAAGACCGUCACGGUUAACGGGAAGGAGUGGCCAUUCAGCUAUUUGACAAAUCAGGUUCUCACAGUGAGCAACCUACAGCUCAACCUCAGCCAGGGAUUCUCCAUUCGAUGGGUGUGAGCUGGGCAGUUUCCUCCGGCCCCAGCGCGAUGGUUGUACGUCAUGCACAGGUCAGGCUUUUGGCCUGUGCAAAACCUCUGGAUGGGGUCACCGCACUCUGUGAGUCUUUGCGGCUCCAUCUCUUGGCCUCAGCCUCCUCGUCUCCUCUUUGCAUCUGCUUGGGAAGAGGACUUGUGGUUCUCACCUUUGCCGCUUCAGUUCUUUACGCUUCCCUGCCAAGAAUUUCCCACCUCGCCUCUGUGAGAGCUCUUUGCACAUCGCUAGACAUCCCAUGCUCCACCCUGCGUGUGUCAGACGGUGUUUUGUGGUUUCGUCAGGAAGGGAGCUGGUGGAAGUGUAAGAUUUCUUUUUCUGGACAGGAGCCCUGCCUUGCUUUUUACUGCCGCUUCCUGUACCAGGGUUGCCUCCUUUACUGCAUGAGAAGGGGACCCUAAGCUUGCAUGCCAACCCUCUCCAGUCCAGGCAUUGGCAUUUCCACUUUUCAAGAAUCAAGGUACGACAAAGGCGGGGCAGGGAGACUCUUAGCCUAAGACCCUGGAGGGGAAUUUGCCAAACAAGAGCUUGGAAAAGUUGUCCUUUUUGGAUUACAACUCCCAAAAUCUUGAAUUAGAAUGGGUUGGGACCCAGUGGUUGAUACUGGCUGUGGGAUUCUGGGUGUUGUAGUCCUAGAAAGUUAACUUUUCCAAACCAUGCUGCCAAAAUGAAUGUAUAGGUAUGCUGGCUCUCCUACAUCCUUGUCUGAGUUCUAAAGCAGAAUGAGGAGGACCAAAGCCAGUGAUAUGUCAGUCUUUUGAAUAGGACUAGAACUAGCAGAGAAUAUAGUACUUUUGCUAUAGCAUUUAUACCAAUCCUGGGAGGCUUCAUGCUGCGUGCCAAUGUAGGGCCGACAUUACACAGCGUAGCUCCCCUCCGUGCCUUUAGAGGUGUCUGACAGUCCCUGGUUACUCACUAGAUCUAAGCUUCAAACCUAGUAAUUUUUUGAUUCUUAACAGUUCCAUUCAAUGCAUAAAGCAACACCUUACAAAGUACAUUGAAUAUCAGAUGACACAUAUCCCAAAACCAAUGGUCACACCUGCAAAAUGCAAUGUGAUUGUGCUCAGUUAGUGUCCAUAUCACUCAUGGGCCAAGGCACUGUCCAGCGCUGACCGGACCGACCGGCUGGGCUCCCACAGCGAUGAAGCUUUGACCUGUAGCAAUGGGUGACUUGUUUCACAGAGCAUUCAAGUGAUAGAUGCCACUCUUAGGUGACUGAACGCACAACCUUCCCCUUGGUGUUUUGCUGUCCCAAGGGACUGCCUUGCAUGAGCAGAGUCCUGCUUCAGGAUCCCUCUUGAUGCCACAGAUGGUGGUCAGACGUACUUUUUGUAAAGGAUCUUGGAGCAUGAAUCUCUACUCAGACACUGCCUCAUUGGGAACCCUACUUGGGCUGCCCCAGGGCAUUCUGAGCCAGCCCUGAACUCACCCUCAGUCUGAAUGUCUGUAGCCUACUACAGUAAGAAAAAUGUCAGUUGCACUAUUUUCCUCUAACAGAACCAACCUUCCCCAUAGCUGUGAGUAAAAGUCCCACUAUCUUGAUGCUUCUCCUCAACAGAGUGAAGCAGGACUCCUUCUUGCUUCUAAACCCUUAGAAAAACCAUUCAGGUUUGGAGUAGCUCACCAGUUAAAUGAUUUCUUGUUUUGUUGAGUUUCCAGUUCUCUGGGUCUAAGCAUCAUUGAAUUCAGUGGUGCUUUCUUUGGAGCGGGCAUCCAUAAGAUUCUGCUACUUGUGUGCAAGAUGGCACUCCUCCAUGGUGGAUCAUAUCCUAGCCGACUUGCAUUCAAUAGCAAAUAGCAUAUGUUAAAAAUCAAUUGGACUAAUUCAUCGACCAAAUAGCCAAGCAAAACUGGUUAAAACAAACACUCACUUUGAAAUGCCCCUCUCCAAACUCCAAAACCCAGGAUCCCAUAAGAGUUUGCCAUGGCGGUUAAAGUGGAACCGUAGCGUUAUCAUUGCACAGUGCGAACGGUCCCAAGUUUCCUAGAUCUCAGGGCCUGGCCCCUUUUCUCUGUUCCUAAGGGAAGAAUCUCAGGGUAAGGGCAUUGCUUUGGACAUAAGGCUGCAACCCUAAGAGCAUUUACCUGGGAGUAUGCCCCAUAGAACUCAGCGAGACUUAAUUUUGAGUAAACACGAAGCCAAAUGAGAUAUAUAGUUUGUGUUGACUGAUUGGUUGCUAUACAAUCCUAUUCUUGCCAUGUUCAUACAGGUUUCUUUCCAAGGUAUGCUUGUAGUUCAACGCAGGGCAGAGGAACCUUUGGUUCUCCAUAGGUUUUGGAUCACAGCUCAAACAGUCCCUUGCCAUUGACUAUGUUGUCUGGGGCUUCUCUGGGAGCUGAAAUCCCAAAAAACUAGGGAACCCUCCUCUCGAUCUUUUAAAGCUCGCAUCCCUUGGUUUUAAGAAGCUUUUAUUAAAACAUGCCUAUAGUACAGUGAUUCCCAAACUCUCUGGGUUUUUGGACUUCAAACUCCCAGAAGCCUUAAUAGGUUUGGGCAACAGUCAGGAAUACUGGGAUCUGAAGUCCAAAACAUCCGGAGGACCAAAGUUUGGGGACCGUUGCACUAAUAUCUAUUAAGAAAAGAGGCAGCUGCUGAAAACUGGAACAGUAUUGUUUCUUCUCACUUGUGUGCCAGGAGGUGUGACUGUGAUGAAACAAUAGCCAGUGUGUUUCUCUUACCUCUGACAAUCCUACUGCUUUCUCCCCACGGCUGCCAACCAUCCCAAGCUGCUUUGCCCAUUUGCAAGAGCUUACUAUCGUUCUUGUGGUCACAGCUCCACAGAAUAUAGUAGCAGACGAGUACAUACAACCCGCUGGCGCUUUUGGGCUUGUGGGGUGGGACCCUUUGGGAGAAGACGGGGAAACGGAGAUCUUUGGGUUGUUUUAAUGUUUAACGCUUGAUUCCGUUCCUUAACGUUUCUGUGCCAAACCAAAAAAUAAAGUACAAAAGUUGAAGA